AUGUUCUGCACUGCUGCUCGUCAUGCUAAUCAUGUACACAAACCUUUGAUUCGAUUUAUUGGUAAACGAUUUCAAGAUAGCAAACCAACUCCAACAGGUCCACAUCCAAUGGCACCUACCGAUAUUAAGGAAAACUUUUCAAGCUUUUUAGAUCAUCAACGUCAACCUUCUUCAACUUCACCGCAAUCUAAUCCUAAACCUUCAUCAUCAUCAUCAAAUUCAAAUUCAAACUCUCGUGUGAUUGUUUAUGAUGACAUAAGCGAACUUCCUUAUAGUUAUAUCAGACCAUCACAAGAAGAAAUUGAACUGAUCAAUGUGAGCUUCCCGGUUUAUUUAUUCUUGGGCUUGAGUUGUUUGUUUUAA